UGUGGCUUUGGAGCUUAUAAACACUGCAGCAUUCUGGCUUGUGGUCUCAGUUCAGCUCCCGAGUCUGUUCUAGGGCCCUGAACGAUCCGUCAGCAGCGGCCUGAGCACAAUACAUAUUUGUCAUCUGCUUAAAUACUUACUAAGAUGACCGUUCUUAGAUGCAGUCAGCCCCCGGGUCUGUGCUGUUGUCCCUGACUGGUCAGCUUUUGCUGCCUAAUUCAAACAAAGACCUUGCUCUGCUGGACUCUUGGGCCCCUGCUUGGAUUUUCGGACCCUAACAUUCGGUGCUUUGGCCCGGAACCAAGUGCCAAAUUUGAGCCUCAAACCUAAUUAGCAGGACCUAGGACUGUUUUUUUUUCAGUCAUCUGGACCUCCAAAGGAUUUUCAGGAAAAAAAGGCGCUGAAUUGGGACAACAAAAACCUGAUAAGCCAGGGCACCCGCAGCUGGGAGCCCAGCACUGCUGGUGAAGGCCCCGCCUCCUGCUCGCCUGACAGCAAAGCCUGACAGCCUGAUCUGUGGCUCUUAAAGGGGCACCAGCAGCUCCUCAGCUUUCUCGGUGCUGCAGUUGGUUGGUUUGUUCUGAUCCUGGAUUCUGCAUAUUAACUCUGAGGACAUCAUGAGCAAGUGUAUGAAUGUGCGGAGUCAUCCGGGAAGAGGGAACCUCAGCUGAGGAAAUGCCCCUCCCCCCCACCAGGUUGGCUUAUAGGUGGCUGUGGGCACACCUGAGGAAACAAAGUCCAGCACAUAGCUGGCAGAAGCCGUCCCUGCAACAGAAGCUCCAGAGCAGAGCGAGAUGAGCUCCGAGACAGGUCCUGCGGCUGAUCCCACUCUGAGUGACCUUAGGGGAUAAGACACACUGAGACAUGCCGUUGUGCCUCCGUCCUGUGGAAAAAUGUUUCCUGGUGACACACAGUUCGCAGAGGAGAAGAAUCGAACCCCAGGAGUUCGGAGCCUUCUUUGACCCUCAGUUACUUCGGAAGGAGACCUGCCUGCUCUACGAGAUCAACUGGGGCGGAAGGCACAGCGUGUGGCGGCACACGGGCCAGAACACCGACAGACACGCGGAAAUCAAUUUCAUAGAAAAAUUUACCUCGGAAAGAUACUUUUGUCCGUUCACCAGGUGCUCCAUCACCUGGUUCCUGUCCUGGAGUCCCUGCGGGGAAUGCUGCAGGGCCAUUGUGGAAUUUCUGAGCCGGUACCCCAACGUGACUCUGUUCAUUUACGUGGCACGGCUUUAUCACCACACGGAUGAGCGGAACCGGCAAGGGCUCAGAGACCUCUGUCGCAGAGGUGUGACCAUCCGGAUCAUGACGGAGCAAGAGUGUUACUACUGCUGGAGGAAUUUUGUCAACUACUCACCUUCGAACGAGGCUCAUUGGCCAAGGUACCCACAUCUGUGGGUGAGGAUGUAUGUUUUGGAACUCUACUGCAUCCUUUUAGGACUUCCACCCUGCUUAAAGAUUUUAAGAAGAAACCAAAAUCAGCUCACAAUUUUUAAUCUCGCUUUUCAACACUGCCAUUUCCAAAGGCUGCCGUACUACAUCUUUUAGGCUACAGGGUCGAAAUGAACCCUUUGAGAUGGAGAUGAAUACAAUGACAGCAUGUAUACUGUUUUGACAAGAGCAAUGAUGACCCACUAAAGAGCGACUGCCGUGAAGAAUCUAGAAACUGAGUGGGAGCUGUCGUCCGUGGGUGGAGCCCUAGUUACACACACGAGGCUCUGGGUUCAAAGUCCAGAAAAGCAGAGAAUAUAGAAAUUGAGCCAGGAAUGGUUGUACACUCCUGUGAUGCCAGCAACUUGUGAGGCAGAGGCACCAGGUCUCUGUGAGUUCAAGGCCAGCCUGGUCUAUAUAGCAAGACCCCCCCCCCGGCCAGCCUAGGACUAUGCAGUGGGAUCCUGUCUAAAAAAACAACCCCCACCCCCAAAUCAACAAUUUAGACAUUGAAGAGUCAGGUAAGUUGGUCCAUUCCUGUAAGCCCAGUAAUGGAGUGGUUGAGGCAGGAGGACGACAAUUCAAAGUCAUCUUGAGCGACACAGUAAGUCUGACAUCAGCCUGGACAGUUAUGACACUUGGUGUGCCAAGUCCAUCGGGUUGUGCCAGGAGCCAGCGGACAACACCUCAUGCCAGCUUGCAUGGUGGAGCCACUCAGACCGGCUCAGUCACUUGCCUGCCUCACCCUCCAAAGGCUGUCAUGGCAUGCCAGUGGUCCCUGGGACCUUCCUAACUUCUGACAAAAAUCUACCUAUGCAUUUUCAUGAAAAUAAAAACCAAAUCGCCUGUA